CUACAGCCUGGAGGUUAAGAAGCUCUCUACUCUCUCUCUGUCUGUUGGAGACCACUCAAUAGAAAACAUCAGACUCGGAUACCUCUUAUGCGCACUGUAAAUACCACAUUUAAAUAUUGUAAUUAUUUGGCGCACUGCUCUGCUCUUCAUACAUUAAUUAAUAUUUACAGUCACUACUUGCGUGCGCACCUCUUUGGUAGGUGGAGAGAAAAUUAUUAUCACUCUCCGCAAAGCAAAGGAGUUGGGGGAGAAGUUUUGAGUGAGUGGGAAAGUCGUGCUUGCUCCUUGGACUACAUACAAUGAAGAAAUUCUGAGGUGGCAGUCUUCGUUCAUUUACGCUUCCUUUGGCUGUAUGUAACCAAGGGCUAUCUCAUGAACCGGUAUCCUCUUGCGUGGAAUUCUGUUUUCACUUAGAACUCUGCUGCCUGGACAAAUGCAUACAAAUGCAUUUAGGAGCCCAACGGACAAGGAGUGGACACGUUUCUCCGACAGCAAUAACGAGAACCCUCCUCCUGCUCCUGUCAAUAUGCACACCAGUAUUGUCUGCAGAAGAAGACUACCGAGCACAAGGUGUCGAUAUCCUCCAUCAGCUGGGCCUCACCGGCAGCAGAGAGACUCUCUCCUCUGGGAACAGCUCCUCUCCCCCCUCCUCCCCCUCUCCUCCAUCCUCACCCCCAGGAGCCGGGAUCCUACUCAGCCUGGAUGCCCACAUUGAAGCCCCCACGGGGGGCCUGUUCCCGCCGGAGCUCGGUGAGGAGUUUUCUGUUGUGGUGAGCCUAAGCUCCUGGCGAGUGAACAAUGCUUUCCUUUUCAGUGUGCGUGAUGGCAGGAACAAGCUGCAGUUUGGCAUCCAGCUGCUGCCCAGGAAGGUGGUCGUGUACACUGCCGAGAAGACCUCCGUCUACUUCACCUAUGACGUGCACAAUGGGCGUCAGAACUCGUUCGCUGUGGGCGUGCGUCCACGCUCGGUGUCGUUCCAUGCGGACUGCGGAGCGGUGCAGCAGAGAGAGCAGACUCUGACCCGGUCGCAGACGCUGGGGUCAGGAUCCGGAGGCCUACUCACCUUAGGAAGGAUGAACUCUAAAGCAGCUCAGUUCCAGGGCCUCAUAUGCCAGCUGGACAUCUACCCCUUGGCCCAGGCUGCUGCGCGCUACUGCGACUACCUUAAAAAACAAUGCCGGCUGGCCGAGACUUACAGAUCGCCCCCCGGCUCGGAUAUGGAGGUUUCCAGCUACCUGGCUUUCUCUCCUAUUCCUCUUUCUCUAGAGUCCCAGAUGGUGGUGCCCCCCUUCCUGGCUGUAGACUCCCACACCCAGCAGACCUCCACCCCAGCCGGAUCAGCCCCCAUUCCCUCUUUGGAGGGGUCCGGAACACCGUAUUUAAGCCCCUCAGAGCAGCCUCACCUGGGGGUCAGGAUCCAGACCCAGAGCUCCCUGCUAGAGCAUCUCAACUCCAUCCAUACCCCCGUCACUGCUGGCCACAACAGCCUGUCCUCAGGCACCCUCAGUGGGCUGGAGGCCCUGGGCAUCACCCGUAGAAGUACCACCCCCAGCUCCAGAUCCAGCCCAUCAAGGGGCUCAACCAGGAAGUCUCCCCAGUCUGACAAUGACAUGGAGGAGAGGAGCCCCAGGAUGCCCCAAUGGGUCACCACCGACACCCCAGGCCUAAACUCCCCUGUUGGGCAGAGCCGCUUGAAUGAUGGCCUGAGGAACAGCUCCAGCUCCCGGCCUAGGGACUCUAACCCCCAGCUCCAGCUCGCUGACCACCUCCUGGACACCCAGUUCAGAACCAACGGCACCAGCCUGUACCGGGAGAAUCAGGUGGAGACCUCAGAAGAGCAUGGCCAGGAAGGGGCCUACGAUGUGGAAAUGGGAGGCUACGACUAUGGAUAUGAGGAUCCAGACUACUUCUACGGAGACUAUGACGGAGCUUUCCCAGGACCCAAAGGAGACCCAGGUCCUCCGGGUCCUCCUGGUCCCCCUGGUCUACCUGGUCCUGCUGGGAAGAGAGGAGCUCGGGGUCCUACUGGUCCACAUGGAAACUCUGGCCUGCCUGGUCUUCCUGGUCCCAAGGGCUCCAAGGGCGAUCCAGGACUGUCCCCAGGUCAGGCCCCGCCAGGAGACAAGGGCGACAGAGGUCCACAAGGUCUUCUAGGUCCUGACGGGUUUGCAGGUCCAACGGGUCCUAAGGGCUAUCCAGGGCCACCAGGGCAGCCAGGAGAACAGGGCAUACCAGGACUUCCAGGAGUGACUGGGGCUGCAGGUUACCCUGGCAGGCAGGGUUUGGCUGGGCCAGAAGGGAACCCAGGUCCUAAAGGUGUACGCGGUUUCAUUGGGCCUCCUGGUAUAGCUGGUCCACCCGGACUGGAAGGGGAGAGAGGUAUUCUCGGUCCUGUUGGGAAGACCGGUCCCAAAGGAAAACAGGGAGUUGUUGGAGAUGUUGGUGAAAGGGGUCCUCCUGGUCCUGAUGGCAACGAGGGCCCUGUUGGUGGGACUGGCAUGGGUGGCUUCCCUGGUCUGAGGGGAGACCCAGGACCUGAGGGAGAGCGAGGACUGACUGGCAUAGUGGGAACUAUGGGACUGACUGGAAAAGCGGGGCUGCCUGGAUUGAAAGGUGAUAAGGGCGAACCUGGACUAAGGGGGGAACCAGGAGAGAUGGGUUACCAAGGUGACAAGGGUGCUGCUGGCUUGCCUGGACCUCCUGGACUCCUUGGGAAAACAGGCCCACCUGGUAAGAUGGGUGACAUCGGACCGCAGGGACCUCCUGGCCCACCAGGACCUGAGGGUUUUCCUGGAGACAUCGGUGUGCCAGGCCCCAACGGCCCUCCUGGACCCAAGGGUCUCCAAGGUGCCAGAGGGCCACAGAGACCACCAGGGCCAAAAGGAAUAGAGGGUGAUGAGGGACCCCUUGGCCCUCCUGGCGGUCCUGGCCCCACAGGUAGACCUGGGAGGAAAGGCUACAUAGGCGAACCAGGCCCAGAGGGACUAAAGGGGGAGACGGGGGAACUUGGCGGCGUUGGAAAAAACGGACCGCAAGGUCCAGCGGGCCUGAUCGGGACGUCAGGGGGAGUAGGAGAUGCCGGUGAAAAGGGAGACCGUGGUCCUGCAGGUCCAUUGGGUCCUCCUGGCGAGAAGGGAUCCAGGGGGUAUCCAGGCAUACCAGGAGGUCCCGGUGACGUCGGUCUGCAAGGCCCACUUGGUCCUCAGGGGCAGAGGGGUACACCAGGGGUCCCUGGGCCAAAGGGCAGAAGGGUAAGAGAGCUCUCUUUUUGCCCCCCUCCACUCUGUUAACCCCCUCUGUUCAGUUCUACCCAAUGAGUCAG